UCAUUGGACGGGAUUCUGCGUGCUCACGGACCAGACUUUACUGAUAAUUUCGUGGCACGUUGCCGUGUUUGUCGUUUACCAUAAACUAAUUAUACGUAAACACGAUACGACAUAUCGUCGUGCUAUGUAUGACACAGCAUCGUUUUAAGAUACGUCGUCAUCGUGUAAAUGUAGGUAGGUACUAUAUGACAUCGCAACGGAGCUCGACGCUUUAGCUGGCCUUUUAGAUCUGCAUGAUUACUCCGAAAAAAACAUCCGAAUUUUUUCGAAUGUUGCCAUCCCUCUCACGCAAAGUGUGAUGUCAACAUGAGCGACAGUGACACAUAGAUCCGACACUACGUAAACGGCGCUUCAGAGUAGCCCCCUAGUCCUUGCACUUCGAACUGGCCAAGGCGGGUCAGCUGCGCUACCUCAACCUCAACACCACCUUCAACUCCAGCAUCCAGCUCAACUACCGCCAGACCGAGCUCGCCUUCUGGACCGUGUACCUGCCCACUGUCAUCGGCAGGCUGGUGCCUACCUACCCGCCCAUCACUGAGUUCUGGUGGGAGCCAAAGCAACCGCUGCAGAUAGCUUUCUGGUCUGUGUCGAGUUUCUGCCUCAUCCUCAUCGUACUGCUAGUCGUAUGCUGUAUGCUGUGGAGAAACGCCAAAAGGGCUGCGCCUCCGAAAUGGAAAAUGGUUCCGGCUGCGGAAACGGAUCGAUACUACAGCGACGACAUAUUUAUGGUGCCCGAGAGCGAAAACGUCGGUAUUGAGAACAACUCACGUUCGCGGGACAACAUCUACGAGUAUCGGGACGUGCCUGUGAAGCGCCCGCCAACGCCUCAAACUAUUAGCAGAGCGGCGAGCCAGGCCCAAACGCUGCAAUCGCGGCCGGAUUCCCAAGCCUCCACGGGCUCGGCGCUAUCUCUGAAGGAAAGCGUGGUGUCCCGCGCGCCGGAGCCUCUUCCCAGGGCGCGAUCCCGCACGCAAAUGGUCGCAGGCGUCCCGCAGACCACUGUAUGAAUACUGCAUGGGUCUUACUAACAUUUCGGAGUAUACAAUGAGGGCUAUCGUUUUUAUACUUAACAGUUGGCACCCCUGGCGAUUGACAGGACCUUACUCUACAGUGG